AUGGAUGGUGUCACAAAUGCAGCCUACCACGUAGGUAGAGGCCGCAGUCGUGGUGGAAAUCGGGGAAACGACAAUGCCCUUACCAAUGCCGGUAACGAUGGCAAGAAGAAAGAGAAGCCUCUCCGCAAGCAACCAACUGCUAGAAAGGACAUAUAUGACUACACUCGCGAGAAGCGUACCGGGACACAGAAAGACGAUAGCGGCAUAUGCGCAUUCUGUGGCUUCGGGCCUCACUCUACUAAGAACUAUGCCUAUCUGGAUAAGUCCCCGCCUGACACCUAG